GAGGUGGGACAGGCUACUGGACUUGCACAGGGACCUAUUCAGAGAUAUGGUUCUAUGGCUUCUUUGACCUUGCAGGCAUGAUGGGGUUUGUGGUUGUGGCAGCCUACGGAAUUUACCGGCUGAAGGCAAGGGGGAAUAUGAAGAUGUCUGUCCACCUGAUUCACACUCGGGUAGCUGCCCAGGCCUGUGUGGUUGGAGCCAUAACACUUGGUAAG